AACACUGGGAGAGCGUAACGAGUGAGGGGGGGACCAAUGGGCGUGCGCCAGGUUUCUAUGGCAACACACCACAACAGUGAGGGAGCGACCCCUCUCUGGCGGUGCUCUAGAUCGGCGUCUGUUAAAAAACAUCCAAAACCACACGGAAGUGGGAGAAAAGGGAAGGACAGCUGGUGGGGGUGGGGUUUGAUGUGUGCAGGAUGAAUGAUUUGUACAUUGAUUUGUGAAUGAUUUUUCAUAGAAGUUUCCCCGUGCGGCUUGCGAAGGGGGCUGCGCCGCAAUAAGCCUCUCAGCUGGAUACCACCCUCCCACCCCCUCCCACAACCAUCACCACCUCCCCGGAGAGAAAGAGAGCUACGAUGAGCGAGUUCAGCAAGAGCAAGACGGAUGACAGCGACAGCCAGGAGCUGGAGAAUUUUGCCCAGGAUGCGGACAAAUCAGUUCCUUCAAGUCCCUCAAGUAUAGCAGAAAGCUUGACACAAACAGAAUUGAGAACUGACACAACAUUUUAUGAUGGUUCCAGUGAAAUCAUUUCGGACAUUGUGGACUCUCCUGUUGCAAUUCUGGAUCCCGACAAAUUUCCAGUAACGUCAGUUCUCACACAGACUGAUUCCAGCUGGCUGCUUAGUCACAGCCAUAGGCAAUUUGAUAAAGACUAUGAGUCAGUCGUGGAAGAUGAUGUCAGUGAUGCAACCUCAAAAGGGAGCCUUGAUGACAUCAUUGUUCAUUCUGAGUUUAUUGAUGACAGGAUAUCCGGAAGACUGUUCGAAUCUGCCAUUUACUCACUGCCCAGUGUGGGACUACCAACUAUUCUAGCUCAUAAACAUGAAUCCAAAGAGCAAGUGAUUGAUUAUAAUGCUAUAAGACCGAAGAUAAGGAGCACUUGGUUAAAAGAUGUGAAGGAAAUCAGUGAGAUUAAGGAAUAUUGGCAGUGGAGCCAGAAAAAAUUAAUGCAGGAAGAACAUGCCUUCAAUGAGGAACAGUUCAAGAGGAGUAACAGGCUAAUGGUUGAAGAUUCACAUCUUUCAAAAUCUCCCAGACACCUAGGGUGGAACCAGUUCAGAAAAUCUGUGGUAUCAGUCGGAUUUGAUUUGUGUCAAUUUUGUGGCAAAAACCUAAAGCCCAUACCUACUCUCAAACAACUGGGAGCAGAACCAAUUGAAACUCUGUUCUGCUGUAAACAAUAUCGCGAUUUGUUUGAGUUCUUUAUGAAAGAAGAGGAUCUCAUGCGUUUGAAAGUUGGUCUGCAAAUGAUUGAUAUCUCUCCUCACCUUCCGUUUGGUAGUGUACUCGAGAGGGCGCAAGCCAAGGAUAAAGCAGCACUGAGGUUACGUGACAGAGAAAUGGAAAAAUAUCUGAAAAAGGCAAAAGAAGGCCAGAGCAAAAUGUCAGCUGGACCAAAAAAACUGAGUACAAUUACUUUUCAGUUAUCCACAUCAUUAGAUUUUGUAACGUUAAAGGAAGUAAAAGGUGAAAGUGAAAAUUGGGAAAAUGUUUUCACGGAGACAAGGGAUGAUUUAUUCAGUUGGCACAAGGAUCUUCAGCUGUCUUUCAUGGUGAAAUACUACAGGAAUGGAAAUAAGUUUCUUACUGCUUUCCCAGAUGGAAUGGCUCAAGUAUUCUACCCCUCUGGAAAUCUGGCAGUUCAGAUUUUUACUGACAAACAGAAGAAGAUUAACUGCAUUGUACAGGAGGACAAGGCCAACGAUCCAGCAAUUCGGGCAGUAUUUUCCUCCUAUGGGAGGUGUACCUGCUAUCAUCCGAAUGGGGUGGUCUGGAUAAAUAUAAACGUAUUGGGUGGCCACUGUUUGGAUAAUCAAGGCAGCAGAGUGAGGCGUUGGUACUGGAGAGACCGUUUGUCUCUUGCCUUUAUUCCUUUUAAACCAAUUUUCAUAUCGUUAAAUGAAAACAUUGGUGUCAGGAUUAUAGAGCAAGAACGGAUUUUCAUUAAUUUUCUGGCAAUGGGGAAGCAAGCAAAGUUCAAAGUGGGAACGAAACUGAAGUUCAGAAGAACAUCAAAGCUAACACUUACGAACAGUUUGAUAACGGAGGAUGAGCUUCUCCUUCAGGCCAGCCAGCUGAAGGUUCGAACAGCAAUCAACAAAAUGUACAUUGCUCUGAACUUUCCAAGUAAUGACCCAGAAAAAAUUCCACUUCCAACUUUCCUUACUUCUCAACAACAAAGGCUCUCCCAACUCCGGGAAACUAUUAGGAUGGAAGAAAGUAUUAAGAUGUAAAAAAGUCACCUCUGGACUAGAGAUGAAGACACUCAAUAGGAUACAGUACAAUCUCUGUAUGGAGUCAGGGCUAGGUGUGGAGUGAUUGUGUAGUAUAUACAAGUAUUUGAAUUUCAAUUUGGAAUGAAGAAUUGUCAAAAUGAAACAAAGAUCUCCAGCAAUUGUCCCAACAUUGCAUCUGGGAGUAACAUUGGUCAAAAUAAGGAGCCUGGUUUUAGGUUGAAGGUCCUGGCCUGCCUUUCUAAGUCGGACCCACAAGUUUUUGAUUGUACCAGAAUGGAGGUGUUGUCUUAAAUCUUACAUACUGUUAUUCUUAGAGUCGAUUAGGUUUAUUGUGAAGAUCACAAAUUUAUUUUUCAAUCAAUUUUUGGGUAUAUUAACAAUGCUGUGUCUUCAGUUGAAAACAAAUCUUAAUAAAACUCAAUCUUUCU